AUGUUAUUCUGUCCUCUGUGCUCGAGCAUGCUGGUUGUCAAGAAGCAAGCCAUUGGAAAUGAGUUGUCGUGCAAGAUGUGCGGGUAUCUGUAUGCAAUAUCCGAGGAGAUAUCCAGGACUGUCGGAAUGACGCCAAAGAAAAGCGAGGGAUUUGUGGAUGAGGAUGAAAGCUUGAAGUUUGUGACCAAGUGUGGGAAGAGGUGCGAGUGUGGUUCCGAAGAAGUCUCGUUUGUAGAGCUCCAAACACGCAGUGCAGAUGAGCCUAUGACUAUAUUCUACAAGUGCAUAAGAUGCAAGAAGGUUUGGAAGGAAUGA